GUAAAAAAUAAAAAAAAUAAAUUAAGGUAGCUCAAAAUUCGCAAAAAUAAAAAAAAACUAACACUUUCGCUCCACCUUCACGACUUCUCCUCCUUCACCCCUUCACAGCGCGCUCCUCCUUCUCCUUCACCUCUCUUCCUUCUCUGUUGCUGCAUCUCACUCCAUUAAUUGUUGUUUUGGUUUGUUCGAAUUUGGGAUCAGCUUUAUGGGAUUUUUAUCAAAGUUUGAGGAGAGGGAGCAAGGUUGGAGAUUUCCGGCUUGACAUGUCAACAUUCGCCGCCACUGUUCAGGCUAUCACACUUUAACAUCAGAACUGAUUUCAGAGCUGAAAUUCAGAACUGAUUUCAGUGCUGAAACUCAGAACUGAUUUCAGUGCUAAAAUUCAAAACUGAUUUCAGCUCUGAAACUCAGAAAUGAUUUCAGUGCUAAAAUUCAGAACUGAUUCAGUGCUGAAAUUCAAAACUGAUUUCAGAGCUGAAUUUCAGAUCUGAAGUUCAGAAUUGAAAAUUAGAACUGAAUCAAAACUGAAAUUCAAGACUGAAAAUCAGAACUAAAAUCAAAGUUUUGGAUCCUUUUGAGUUUUGAGUGACGAGAUAGUACUUGACCAAAUCGCUAAUACUUCAACAUUUAAGUUCAGAUCCACUCCUUGGAUAGCUUCAAAAAUGGAAUUGUAUUAUGCAUUAUUUUUGUAUUUUGUUUUAUGCAAGCAUUUCUAGAUCAAGGAGCAUAAAUAUGGCCAUUCAACAAAGUCAAGAGCAAACUUCCUCAAGCCAAGAUGUUGCUUUGCAAGCCACAUCAUCUAAGAAGAGGAGUAGGGGGCCAUCAAAGGCAAUACAAUCAAGUAAGCCUAUGGUGCUUGAAUUCAAUGAUUAUGACUUGCCUACUAGUGAAUGGGAACUCGUUUAUGGAAAACAAAUUGGUGCAUGUGCUAAGAGAUUAGACAUCACUGUGAAUGAGUAUGCAAAAAUAGAUAAAGUGGAUCGGGAAAAUAUAUGGGAGGAGACAAAGCGAAUGUUCCACAUUGAGGAUCCAAGUGGAGAAAGGCAAAAAAGGUUUCAUAGUGUUGUGGCUUCGCGAUUCAGCUGUCACAAGUCGAAUUUAAGGGCACGAAUCAUCACUUUUAAAAACCCAUACCCGGCCACUUCUCCUAAAGCAAAUAUGAAGCCAUGGGAAGUGUAUGAAGGUUACUUUACAGAGGAGAAAUGGAAGAGGUUCGAAAUAUAUAGUAAAUCAGCAGAAUUCAAGGAAAAGAGUGAAAAGGGGAAGGAAAAUGUAAAGCUAAACAAAUGUCGCCAUCACUUGGGUCGAAACAGUUUUCAAAGAGCUCGGAUAAUUUUGAAUAAGCAAAAGAGACUUGAAAAUAGAUUUCCUGCUCUGGCAGAAUCUUCAACUACUGGCAACACUUCCCAGAGCAGUACAUCAACUGGUUCUAUUUUUGAUCGUCGAGCUCUUGAGUGGGGUUUAGCUCAUGAAAAGCGGUUGCCAGAUGGAACAUGGGGCAUCGACCCAAAAGAUACGGAGACUAUUCGAAUUGCCAAUGUAGUUGUAUCUCAUAGUUUAUCAAAACAAAUAAAUCUACUGGAAUUACAGAUUUCUGGUCAUCUAAUUAACUUUUUCUAUGUUUUUUCAAAUAGGAAGAGAACUUGCAAAAAUAAUCAAAGGAAUCUGAGGAAGGAGAGUGUAAACAAUCAGAGCGAGGCGUUGAUGCCCUUACUUUGGCAUUUGGGAAAAAGGACCAUCGUGGAUUUGUGAAAGGACUUGGUGGAUGUGGGAUUGGUGUCGGCUAUAGAAAAGCAUUUGGCCCGGUAAAAGGUAAAAACAUGUCUAAAAGUGGUUUCUCAUUACAAGAACUAGAUGAAUUUAAAGAGAACUUAACUCGAGAAUUUGAAGAAAAAUUAAAGGAAGGCAUUGCAGCAGCUGUAAAUUCUUAUCUUUCUGAUUUCAUACCACACAUUACUGCUAAUGAUUUGCAAGUAAAUGAUGCUCAACCUUCCCCAUCUUCCUCAACCAAUCCAACAGAGCUAAGUCCUCCCUUGUUAGAGGUCCCAACUAAAUGUCGUCUUGCUUUAGUUGAUGAGUUCAGUGGGAACUCAGUGAUUGUGGCCGAUGGAACGGCAGAACCUUUUCCUAGUGGAGUGAUUCAUAACAAGAAAAUGAACCGUGACAUUUAUAGAGUUAGUGUUGACCAUGUUUACAGUGAUUAUUCUCACCUAAAUCUCCCAGAAGAGACUGAUGACGGUAUCACCAAGUUGGGUGAGGCGUAAGGUUUUUUUUUGGGGUGACUGGCAGAUUUAGUCUUCUUUACGGAUGAGGUUAUGACUUUGGCAAAAAAGACGGAUAAUGAAUUGGUGCAAACCAAAGACAAAGUUGAUAGUUGCGGACCUAUCAACUCAGAGCAUUCAACUAUUAAAGGCAAAGGCAUAACUAUUCCGGAAAAUAUUGUCGAGUCUUGGUAAACAGUGUUCUAUGUUGUAUUAUUGCAUGACUUCAGGAAGUGGAGAUUAUGAUACUACGACAAUUCCAUUGAAGGCUCCAUUAUUUUAUCAAAAGGAAGACACAGAAAUUUAUGCUACUAGUGAUGAUGUCUCUGAAUUACUACGAGGAGCAUGGGCUAAUAUUUCAUUAAUCCAUGUCUACAUAUUGUACUUAAUUGAAGAGCAUAUCUCAUUAUUUCAGAAGACUAGAAUCAAAUUCUUGUGCCCCCAAAAUAUUUCUGCAGCUGAAAUCAAGAAAGAUUUCCUUGAAGUCCAAAUGUAUUUGAAAAAUGCUUUUCUUACUGAAUUAAGGAAAAAGGAUGCACAAUGCAAAUUCAUUUUGGCUCCAUAUAUGGAAGCGAAUCAUUGGGUACUCUAUGUGAUUGAUUUGCGUAUGAGUCUUGUGUAUGAGUUUGAUUCUGUUAUUCAAUCACCUCCGAACGCUCGAAACUCAGAGUUUUCCAAAGUAAUGAAGAUACCUUACAAUGUAUAUAGGUCACACCUUAAAGGAAAUGCUUUCAAAACGAGUAGACCACAAUUACUGCACAUAAGAAUGGAGUGUGCUCAACAAUGUGGUGGUACCGAAUGUGCUUAUUAUGUGAUGAGAUAUAUGUAUGAGAUAGUAUCUUUCCAUAGCAAUUGCAGGGGUAAUUUGAAAGAGAAGUAUUUGGCAAGACUUGCAGCCUACAACGAUGUAGAAUUGGAUGAGAUUCGAGAACAAUGGGCUAAGUUUUUUAGGCUUAAUUUUUUGUUGAAAGACUAGUUAUCUUAUUAAUCGAUGUUAUGAUUUAUCGCAUUUAGCUUAAUAAAAUGAUAUAACACAUUUUUAUAUAUCUACUUUAAUUUUAUUUA